CCCAUUCCCGGGCCCGGCCACUUGGGCAGAAGGGGGGCCCUGCUGCAGCUACCGCCACCGGGUCCCCUCCGGAUCCGCUGGCCUUCCUCAGUUGGCCCCCAGGAGGAGCAAAGGCUGAGUGAAGGCCAAGCCAGGAGGAGGGGGCAUCCCCGGGAGCCCAGGUUGAGCCCCCCCCCCCCCCCGUGGCCCUUGCACGGCCUGCCCUGCCCUCUCUCUCUCCCCAGCUUGGCCCACCUCUCCCUGCGGAACAACAACAUCGAUGACCAGGCGGUCCUGCUGAUCAGCCAGGCGCUCUCCUCACUCUGCAGCUCCAACAAGAACCUGGUCUCCAUCAAUCUCAGCUACAACCACAUCACGGACACGGGCGCUACCCACCUCGCCAACGGCUUGCGCCUCAACCGGUCGCUGCUCUCCUUGUCGUUGGCGCAUAACGAGAUCGGGGAUGAGGGUGCAACAAAGCUGGCCGAGGUGCUCGGCCCCUUCGCCCUCACACACACGGAGGUGGUGGAGAGGCGGCGGCUUCUGCUGGAGAAGGAGGCCCAGGAGAGAUGCCGUCUGGUAAGCGGCACCAGGUGGGGACGGACAGCUUGUCCUUUGGGCUCCGGGCCACAUGGAUCGCUGCCCCCGCGCCACGAUGGAGCUUCUCACUCUGAAAGAGAGGCUUUGCUGGCACGGGCACCCCUGCCCCCUGGGUCGGGAGGCUUUGCGGAGAGUUUAGCCACUGCCAGCCGGUUCAGCCCCCUGGCAGAAAGGCAGGGGACAGAGCACCCCAGCAGGCAGAGACCAGUGUUUGGCCUCUUCCAGGAACCCGCCAAGAAGGAGGAGAAGGGCCAGGCGAGCGGAGCCCCUCCAGCGCAGCCUCCGGCAGCAGCGACAGCAGCAACAGCUCAGGCCAAGAAGGAAGACGCCAAGCAGUCGAAAAAAGGUUCUUGCUGGGCCACCAUGCUGCCUCCCCCUCCCCGGGUGUUGGGCUUCCCCCCAAGAGCCCUGAGCUCUGCUUUGCUUUCUGCAGCCGUCCCCCCUGUUGAGUCAAAAGCCAUUCGGGGCAAAGGAACAAAGCUGAGCUCCAAGGACAAACGGAGCCAGAUCUUGGAAGUGGAGCAGAUCCUGGAGCCCACCGAGAUGAUGAACCCCCUCCUGGAACCAGCAGAGCACCGCGACGGGCAGGUUUUCCUUCAGGGGAACCGCGUUCUUAUCUACCUGAACCUCAUCCGCAACCGCAUCACGGAAACUGGCUUGAAGGCCUUUCUGGCCACGGUGGAGUACCAAGUCAGCCGGGUGGUUCCCGGGGGGAAGGGACCAACUGGCCUCCUGCGCCUCUCUCUGGCGAAAAACAACUUCCCGGCCGAGAGCAAGACCUACAGCAGGAUCCAGGAGCUCAUGGCACCCCGGGAUCCCCUCCCCAAGGCCCCCAAGGCGGAGGAGGAGUUGCUCACAGCUGCCCAGUGAGCCCUGCCUGUGGCCAAGCCCGACUUCUCGCUGCGGAUCCUGCACCGGAAAGCUCUAUAGUCCAACCAGCAGGCAACUCCAGCAGGUUGGCCUCUCCCCCAGGACAAAUUCAGGAGCGCAGAAGAGAAGCCCCACUCGCCAGCUUGGUCCCUGCAAAGCUGGAAAGAGAGUUUUUAUCCUGCCCAUUAAAAGCCAUGCAAGAAACCCUGAAA